CGGUCGAUCCAACUAACCGUCGAAUCCGUAACACCAUGUAUGUGCCUGCAGUUCUGGUUAUUGAGCUCCGAUAAGGAUACGUUAACUUAAAAUUAACGUAGAUGCCUAGAUGUGCCCUUUUAACUUAAACAAAUAGUCCCAAUAGCUAUCUGUUCACCCUUCGUAGCAACCAUGGUGAGUCGUCGAUGUCAUAUGAUAACAGAUCUCCGAUGAUAACUACUCAUCCCUUAGCAUUGUAUUAAGGGGUGAAGCGAAGCGAAAUACCUUCAUGGAAUUGUUUUGUCUGUCCGUCCGUCCGUAUCCACGAUAACUUUAGAGCGGAUUCGAAUCUCGACAUCAGGAUUUCGCCAAUGUGUUUCUAGUUUUUGGGGACGGGAUGAGUUCGAAGAUGGGCGUUACCGGUCACGGUAAUGACGCCGAGGGUCAAAGUUGUCAAAUUUUUUUUUUUUCAACGUAGUUUUUGGCGGGGAUUUUAGAAAUCGCCAUCCUUUUUACGCGCCAUGACCGUUCGACCAUGUCGAGUCACCCCUUUGCUAAAUUAAUUUGGUUGGGAACGGUUUAUUUUAGAUGGACUCUACCAAAAGUAGUGCACAAUCUUUCCUAAUUUCCUCCUUGCUGGUGGAAGGAGCCUCCUUAUUAUUCUUUGGUUUUAUGGAUAAAAUCAACAAUUUACAAACAUUUCUGGGGGCAUCCAUAAUUUUGCGGAUUAUUGAAGGAGCUGCGGCAAGUUCGGUUUUCGCUACAGUUUUUACCCUCGUGUCGGAUUACUUUCCGGGAAGCUUUGGGAUUUUCUUCUUGGGCGUUCUGGAGUCUUUAACGCCUGCCGGAUUUGUUCUGGGACCUUUAAUUGGAUCCAACCUCUACAGCUUCGAAGGAUUUUCCACUCCUUUUGCCUUUGUGGGUUGUCUCUUUAUUUUAUUUGCGGGAGUGGGAACUUUCGUCCUACCAAAGAAGGAUAACAGUAACGCCACAGAUCCCGAAAAUACGAAGAAAUGCGGUGAUAAGGAGGAAAUUGAUAUUUCCCUGUGGAAACAUCCACCCGUGUUGGCAAACUUUAUCGCAAUUUUCCUAACAUCCUGUGUCAUUACAUUCUAUUUUGCUUUAAUGGAACCAUUCCUAAGAAUUGAGUUCGCCACAAGUCCAUCCGUCAUUGGAUUGGUUUUUACUGGGUCGGGUCUUCUCUACAGUGCAUUCUCCGUGGUUGCCAGCCUUCUAACGGUUGCAAUGGGAAGCAGUGGCUGUCUAUUUCAAGGUGCUAUUCUUAUCGGACUCGGGGCUCAGUUCGUCGGAAAUUGCGCAAUUGUUGGAAUAGGAAUUGACAGCAAUUUUGUCACCGUGGUAACCGGCAUUUGUUCCCUAAGCUUCGGAUGUGGAUUAACAAUUUUUCUCUUCUUCCUCCAGGCUCAAGAUAUGCUAAAAAAAUUAUAUUGUAAUACUGAAAAAGCUUCCAGCAUCUCGGCUGGGGCGUACAUGAGCUCGCUAACGCUGGGAAGUAUGGCGGGACCAAUGCUGGGUGGAUUUUUGACGGAUUUAUACGGAUUUCAAAAAGCGGCUAAUUUCACUCUGAUAAUAAUAUCUGCACUAAUUUUUUGGAAAAAUGUAGAGAUUAUUUCGUACUUCAGAAAAACUGAAAAAAAUUAA